GAAGCAGUUAGUGUGUCUGUGUUUGGUCUGCGUUCAGUUAUCAGCUGAGGAUUGAAUGCAUGCUGCUGUGUGAAGAGACUCAGUCUGUGCUGGAGAUCCUGAAGCCCAAGACCGAGCUGGUGGAGACGGCCUGUGAGAGUCUCAGGAAAAGCUCGCUGCUGCCCAGUUUCUGCAAACUCAUCCUCGACGUUGGAAACUUUCUCAACUAUGGAAGCCACACGGGAAACGCGGAGGGAUUCAAGAUCAGUUCCCUGCUGAAACUCACCGAAACCAAAGCAAACAAGAGCCGCAUCACACUCUUACAUCACAUCCUGGAGGAAGCUGAAUUAAACCACCCAGAGCUGCUGAAUCUUCCAGAAGAAAUAGAGGCCUGUGAGAAAGCAGCCGGGGUGAAUCUAGACUCCAUUCAGGCCGAAAACACGCUUCUUCUGAAGAGGCUGAGAGGGACGCAGAAGAAGGUGUCCUCGUCUCUGGAGGACGUCCGGCAGCAGUUCUCGGGGCUCAUCGAGAAGAACCUGGCGGCGAGCGAGUCCCUGGACCAGCGUUUCUCAGACAUCGACAGCAGGAAGGGGGAUCUGGCUCAGUAUCUGUGUGAAGACGCGGCUCAGCUGUCGCUCGAUGAGCUCUUCAGCACCAUCAAGACCUUUCGCCAGCUCUUCAUCAGAGCCCUGAAGGAAAACAAGAUCCGUAAAGAACAAGUGGCCAGAGCGGAGAAAAGAAAGCAGCAGCUGGCGGCGGAGGAGUCUAAGAGACAGAAAGGAGAAGAUGGCAAGAUAAUUCGCAGAAGCCCAGCUCCUCCGGACGACGGCUGCAUCAUCGAUCAGCUCCUGGCCGAUAUUCGCAAGGGUUUCCAUCUGAGAAAGACUCGUCCCAGGUGCGAAACGGAAAGUGCCCCUUCUAGUGAAAUGCAUAGAGAUGCAGGAGCGUCCGCAGCAAGUGUCAGGUCUGUCGCAGAAGAAGCCGGAUCGUCUGCAGAAGAUCGAGCCGAAAGCCGCGCCACCAAACCCAGCUCUGAAGCCUCUCCAGAGGAGCCUGAAAACACCUCCCCAAACACUCAGGAAGCCGCCGGCGAGUCCCACAGCCGCCUCACUUCAGCCCACGGCCAUCAGAACCUCAACGGAAACAACACCCGGUGUCCGGACGCUCCAGAACCCCCCCAGGAGCCUUUACCCCGCUCCGACGCCAGCUCCAACGGAGGCUGUGAUGAUAAAGACUCUGUGAAGAAUCAAGAAGAGCCUCUCCGUGUCGCGGAGGACGACGCCAAUGAUUCGCCCGGGACACGGCAGGGGCGGGACGACGUGGACGGAGUGACGUCACAAGCCCCGCCCGCUCCUGAUGUAGACCCGGCCCCCCUGAAACCCGAAAACAAAAAACUCCCAAGGAAUUUCCUCCCAAGAAAUAAAAAAGGCAGUAAUGAAGUGGAGGGUAACAGAGGGACUGGACGCUCUAAAAAGGGCUGUGUGUUGCAGUGAGGAAGCUCUAGGAAAAGGAGGACAAAGGGGAGAAGGAAAAGUUGAGUGUGUUCUGGCCGUGAUCCUGUUGUUCCGGACCGGAGGAGAUCUGCAGGGGAGCAACUGAGGAAAUACGCCUCGCACGACGUGUAUUUGAGUUUGGCUUAAAGAAAUGUAUUUUUAAAUGCUAAAUCUUUAGAUUCGACCAAACCCUUUUAAAUAUUUGCACACUUUGGGAUACGUUUAUGAGACGCCAAAACAUUGUUUACAUACGAGUCGGUCAGGAGAGGGAAAAAAACGUCUGGUUAUGGAUUUUUUGCCGUUUCUCAAAACCUUUAAAAGUCUUUUUCUCAAACCUUUAAGAUAACUUGCUGUUAACUGCUAAUAUUGCUCUGAAUGUAACCUUUAUAUCGCCUAUUAUAAAGAUGUUUGGCAUUAACACUGAGAAGUAUUCGUAUAUUAUGAUAUAUCGGUUCGAAAAUAUUAGUGUAAUACAAUUUCUUUGCAGAAAUGAUUAUAUUUUGCGCUUGCAGUGGUUGAGCUGGAUCGUUUAAUAUCUUUUGUUUGAGUGUGACGUUUAUAUUUAUGUCAGUAUGUAUUUUCAUCAAGAAAAUCUCUAAAUUAUAUAUAUAAAUAAAAAUGUGCUAUCGGU